UGAACUCCUGCUUUAGGCUCCACAUCCUUGCACCUUACCCUACUCCUCUGCAACUUGUAUUUUGUCUGCACCUGAGGACUCCAAGAAGAAUUUGAAUGCUGCCGACACAGUGCUACUACUAUUACUAGGACUGCUUGAAACUGCAACUUGACUACUUCAAACAUGGAUGUAAGGUUUUACCCUGCAGCUGCUGGCAAUGCCCUGCCUGGAGAGUCCCCCAAUCUGGACUUUUCACAAUGUUUAGACUACUACAGCUACAAGUUUGGAAAUAAUAACAACUACAUGAAUAUGGCAGAAGCCAAUAAUGCAUUCCUUGCUGCAAAUGAGCAGACGUUCCACACACCGAGUCUUGGUGAUGAAGAAUUUGAAAUUCCUCCCAUCACUCCACCUCCAGAGACUGACCCUUCACUUGGCAUGAGCGAUGUUCUGCUUCCAUUUCAAGUUAUGGGUGAAGCUUUGGCUGCCCAAGGGAAUGAAUUUACACCUCAGUUUCCACCUCAAAGUCUGGACCUGCCUUCUAUCACCAUUUCCCGCAAUCCAGUAGACCAAGAUGGAGUAUUUCACUCUAACGGCUUGAGAAUGGAUCAAAGAUCAAUUCAGAUGUCCCAAUAUCGCCAAGAUCCCUCAUUAAUUAUGAGGUCGCUGGUACACAUGUCAGAUGUGGCACGGGCUGGAAUAAUGUCUCAAAGUCAACUUACCACCAUAAACCAGUCUCAACUAAGUGCUCAGUUAGGACUUAAUAUUGGAGCAACUUCCAUUCCCCAUACAUCUCCUUCACCUCCGGCAAGCAAGUCAGCCACUCCAUCUCCUUCCAGUUCAGUAAAUGAAGAAGAUGCUGAUGAAACAAACAGGAUCAUCGGAGAAAAAAGAGCUGCACCAGACUCUGGGAAGAAGCCCAAGACUCCAAAGAAGAAGAAAAAGAAAGAUCCAAAUGAACCGCAGAAACCCGUCUCUGCAUAUGCCCUAUUUUUUAGAGAUACACAAGCUGCAAUCAAAGGUCAGAACCCUAAUGCAACAUUUGGUGAAGUAUCAAAAAUUGUGGCUUCAAUGUGGGACGGUCUUGGAGAAGAACAAAAACAGGUGUAUAAGAGGAAAACAGAAGCAGCCAAAAAGGAAUACUUAAAGGCUCUUGCAGCCUAUAGAGCAAGUCUUGUGUCCAAGGCUGCAGCAGAGUCUGCAGAGGCUCAGACCAUACGUUCAGUCCAGCAAACACUGGCAUCAACAAACCUCUCAUCUACCCUUCUCCUUAACUCCUCACUAGCUCAGCAUGCAUCUCUCGCUGCGGCAGCGCAGAAUCUCCAGCAGUCAAUUCCAAGGGCCAUUGCACCCAAACCUUUAACCAUGAGACUACCGUCUAACCAGAUUGUGACCUCGGUAGCCAUUGCACCAAACAUGCCAUCCAGUAUGGGAACUCCGUUAAUGAGCUCCAUGGGUGCACCAAUGGUUGCCACUCCACCCUCUUCACAAGUAAGCCCUUCGCUGCAGAGCCAGCAGCAUCACAUUCAACAAUUGCAACAGCAGCAGUUGCAACAAAUGCAACAGCAACAGCUUCAUCAGCACCAAAUGCACCAGCAGAUCCAGCAGCAAAUGCAGCAGCAGCAUUUUCAACAUCAUAUGCAGCAGCAGCUCCAACAACAGCAGCAGCAGCAGCAAAUUCAGCAACAAAUGCAACAGCAACUGCAACAUAUACAUCUACAACAGAUGCAGCAACAGCAGCAGCAGAUGCAACAUAUUCAGCAUCAGUCACAAAUGUCUCCUCAGCAGCCAUCGCCCGCACCUUCCCAAACUGGUGUACCUUCUCAGAUAGCAUCUCCCAUCCCCCAUAUCAGUAGUCCUUCUCCAGUAUCCCAACAUCACCAGUUACAGUCCCAGGAACAGACUCAAGUGCUCUCUCAAGUCAGUAUUUUUUAA